CCAAAGAAUCCUCACCAAGGAAAUCAUUAGUUAGCAAAGCCAAAGCUUUCUUCAGUCAAUCUUCAUUGAAGAAUUGUUUCUCUCAAUGGGUAUUUCUCACUACCUUUCCUCUCUUUGUUGUGAGCUGAGAAUCUUGCAAGCCAAAAACCUAGAACUAAAGUCACCUGGAAACCUUUUUGUGAGAUACUAUCUCACUGCAGGAAACAAAAAGCGAAUCCAAGUAAACAGCCAGGAGAUCUCCUCGAAGUCAGAGUUCAUUUGGAAUGAGUCCUUCUCUUUGGAAUGCUUGGGAACUGAACAGUCUUUGAAUGACCUGAAGCAACAAACUGUAGUUUUCGAGCUCCGCUGGAGAAGCACAGUGCCAGUUCUUGGAAGAAUAAUGGGGAAGUCACAGCUUUUGGGCAGAGCUGAAAUGCCAUGGAAAGCCGUUUUUGAAUCACCAAACAUGGAGAUUGAGAAAUGGGUUACCAUGGUUUCAAUGAAUGAUCGUGUUCUUGAAACUCUGAAGCCUCCUUCACUACAGGUAUCAAUGAAGGUCCAAGGUCCGGCAAUUGUAGAAACAGAGGAGAAGAAGAAGAAGAAGAGAAAAGAAGGGUUGAAGAACAAUUGGGAUGGCUGUGGAUGCAAGGACAGUGGUGGCGGGUACUGCAGCUGUGCAGAUUAUGAAUUAUUUGCACUGGCAGCAGCUUUCGAGGCACUAUAGUCACAAAGGAGUGGCCAAAAGCACUAAAGAUAUGCUACUUCUGUUGUAUUUGUCGUUAAACUGUAGAUAUAUGAGAGUAAAGGGACACUCUAGUCAUCUAUUUAGAAGAAGGUAUUAGGGCAAUUUCUUGAACGUAGUUCUUUGUCAUGAGGAGAACUUUAUUGUGAAAUUAUUGCUCUGUGUUUUUUUUUUUAUUCUUAUAA